CGAUCCGGCCCCGGCUCGGGGCGCGCGUGACGCGCCUGGUUUGCCGCCGGGCCCAUGGCCAUCUCGUCCCAGCGGGCGCGAGAGCUCCAGGCGGCGCUGAUCUGCCCCCUGUGCCGGGAGUAUUUCACAGAUCCGGUCAUCCUCCGGUGCGGGCACAACUUCUGCCGCGCCUGCAUCGCUCGGCGCUGCCCGGCCUCCCCGCUGCCCCCGGCCUGCGCCUGCCCGCAGUGCGGGGACCCGUUCCGGGAAGGGGAGUUCCGGCCUAACCGGCAGCUGGGGAACGUCGUUGAAAUUGCCAGAAACAUCCCAGACCCGACCGCGAGCGGAGCCUGCGGGGAACACGAGGCGCUUCUGAAACUCUUCUGUGAAGUGGAUGAAACCCCGAUCUGUCUGCUCUGCGCGGAGUCCCCCACCCACCGAGACCACGCCGUGGUGCCCAUCGAGGAGGCCGCCCUGGAUUACCAGUACCAAGUACAGAGCCGUUUGGAGAGUUUGAAAAAAGAGAGUGAAGAGAUUCUGUCGUAUAAAUUGAGUGAGGAAAAUACAAGCCAGGAACUACUGAAACAGCUAGAAACUGAGAAGGAGAAGAUUGUGUCAGAAUUUCAGCAACUGUGCCAGUUUCUGGAGGAACAAGAGCGACUCCUGCUGGUCCAGCUGGAAGAGCUGAAUAAGGAAAUUGAAAAGAGGAGGGAUGAAUAUGUAGCCAAAGUAUCUGAGGAACUAUCUUCUUUCAGUUCCCUGAUCAGUGAGAUGGAACAGAAGUUCCAGCAGCCAGCAAGUGAAUUCCUGCAGGGCAUCAAAGGCACCUUGAACAGAUGCGAGAGGGAGAAGUUUCAGAACCCAGUGGCCUUUUCUUCUGACCUGAAAUGGAGAAUCUGGGCAUCUUCUCAAAGAAAUGCAUCUCUGGAGCCCAUAAUGAAGAAAUUCAAAGACUCACUGUCAUCUAGACAGAGGUUGGACAAAGUGAACAUGACUCUGGAUCCAGACACGGCCCAUUGCAACCUCAUCCUGUCUGCGGAUCGGAAAAGUGUGAGAAUGGGACGCACACGGCAGGCUCUGCCUGACAACCCUGAGAGAUUUGACACUGAUCUCUGUGUGCUGGGCUGUGAGGGAUUCACCUCGGGCAGACAUUACUGGGAGGUGGAGAUGGAGAUGCAUAUGGAGGACUGGGGACUCUAUGUUGUGGGGGUGGCCAGAGAGUCUGUGAGCAGGAAGGGAGGGAUCAACUUUAACCCUGAGCAGGGGAUUUGGGCUGUGCAGGGCAGUGAGGAUCAGUACCGGGCUCUCACGUCCCCUGUGCAGAUUUUCCCCUUGUCCCCGAGCCGGGCACCCCGCAGGAUCCGGGUGUAUCUGGACUAUGAAGAGGGGCGGGUGAUGUUUUUCGAUGCUGGUAACGAGGACCCGAUCUUCACAUUCCCGCCGGCCUCUUUCGCCGGGGAGAGAAUACGCCCGUUCUUCUGGGCUGGUGUUACUGUGCGGCUCCUCUAGCCCUCGCCCUCCUGAUCUCUAUGACCUGGAGGACUGAGCCAGCCAGUCUCCCGCCACACAGACAGUGCUGAACGGGGAGUGACGCUCUACCCGUAGCUCUAUGGCUGUGGAGGUCUGCGUGAGGCGCUCUAGGCUGGGUCUCUAUGCUCCUAGGAGGCCAGCUCGGUGUGGAGUGGAGGGGGGGGCGGGUCACACCAAGGAAGGAGGGAGCCCCUGUGGGAGAAGGACCCAGCUGAGGACUGAAGAGGUGGCUUGUGGGGAGUGAGGAGAACAGAGGAGGAUCGGAGGCCUGGCUGAAGAAGCUAGGGGGGAGGAACGGGGGCGUUUAAAAUCAUAUUAACUGAUUGUUAUUUAGCCACAACCAGCUAAUAUAUAUUUAAAUACAACUGUUAGUGUGUGUACGAGGUGCGAAGGCUGGAAUUUUCAAAAGAACCGAAGCAACGUAAGACUCAUUGAUUUUCAAUGGAACUUGUGCUGAUAAGUAACUUCAGGUGGGAGUUUCAAAAGAACCUAAGUCGUGUUUACCAUUGUGUUAGUUUUAAUGUGUUAAUAUAUUUUCUAGAAUAAUGAAUUUUCCCCGGGUAGGCGAACUGCUUGUGUUCUCCUGGUCACCUUAUUAAAGCCCCCCAGUAAAUGGACCCGAGAGGGAAAUUUCUCUGUUAAACCUUUCUGGGAAGCACUGGUUUGCUGUGGGAGGUGUAUUUUGAGACAGAAUCAAAAGGCUGGUUUCCAUAUGAAUUUAAAAUGAACAGAGCCCUGAAAGCCCAAUCAGUUCCCUUGUGUCCGCUGCCCAAUAUAGGAUGUCAAGGCAAAAACAGAUGAGAAAUGUAGGAUUGAUGACAAAUAUAUGAAUGAUGCUGGAUUCCAUCAUGCACGACAUUUCCUGCUAGAUCAUUUCUUCCACCCCAAUUACACCGUCAAGUAAAUAAUCUAACUGUAAGGGUGGGAAUUACUCUGGCAAUACCAGGAAUAUGAAAUAAAAAUGAAUGGAUCAUAUGGCAAAUCCCCUUCAGAUGCACAGAGUUAAAACUAAAAUGUCCAGCCUCUGUCACAUCAGAGUUGUUUUCAUAAGGUGCAAACUGUGUAUAAAAAUUACAAUACUUGUUCUUCAAAUAAUUCAUUUUUCUUUUAGAAAUCUCCCUGAUUUUGCUGUCAGCAAUUGAUUGUAUCUGACUUUCCUCCCAAAGUGGUCUUUCUAAAUUGUGGAUAAAUUCAUAUUUGGAUGGUGUAUGUUCAUAUUAUUAAAUUUGCUGACAGUAGAAUUGUUACUGGUGUGACUGUUGCCUGGUAUGAAUCACCACUGAAAAUGCCCAAUUCAGGAAAGGGCAGAUACACCCCAAAAACUGAUGGUUUAUUCUAUAAUUAGAUUCACCAAAACAGUAACAAAAUGAGCUCUUGUAUCCCCACACUGGUUAACAGGAAGCCAAAGCACCAUCCCCUCUCGGCAUUCCAGCUCCUGGCUUGUCCACCCAAACUGGUCUUUUGUGAUAAAUUAUUACUAAAACCAGAAAUUACAUAUAAAGGUCUUCCAAUCCCAAAGCCACUGUCCUCAGGUCAAUAUAUACUUUAUAUCUUACCCAAAAAUCACGCUGCAGCCAGUCCCCUUAGUAACUAAAAACUAAAGG